UGUGACACACCUGAGAUCGGGAUAUCAGACUUAAUCAGACUGCGUGUUUUUAAAUGGAGUCCUCGGCUGGUGAGUGGUUUGAUUCAGAUGAGUCUGAGUUUCAGAUGCGGACUGCACUGAGGAACUCAACCGUCCUGUCACCUCGAGCGCGUCUGGUGCUGGAGACUCUGAUGGUGCUGAUGAGUCUGGCCGCAGUGACGGGAAACAUUCUGGUCAUUGUGAUUGUGGCAGCCACAAAAACCUUCCACACUGUGACCUCCGUCCUGAUCAUUAAUCUGGCCAUUAGCGAUUUCUUAGUGGGAAUAGGCGUCAUGCCGUUCGUGGCAGUUUCCAUUAUGAACAACGGAUGGGUCAACUACAAUGAUCUAUGUCUGUAUGUUGGCUACACAUCCUCAGUCUACUGCACCGCGUCAGUUUUAACACUCGCCGCUAUUGCCCUGGACCGUUACUUCUCCAUCGUGGACUGCCUGCUGUACGGUUCCCGCUGCACGAUAUGGAGAACCGGUUCCGUGGUGAUAUGGAUUUGGCUGCAAGCUAUGUUGACCAGCUGUCCUCCUCUCCUCGGCUGGAGCAACAUCAGUUUCGUGGCUCCCAUGUACAGCUGUGCCGUGAACUGGCCCAACAGCCCAAGCUACACGGUCAUUAUGGUCUCCUUAUCUUUUCUCCUACCGGCUAUAGUCAUCCUGUUCUGCUAUGUGAAGAUUGUCCGUGUGGCACGAUACCAUGCUAGGAUGAUCCACAGUUUGGAAGAACAUCUCCAGCGUAACAGAGCCACAUCUGUCUUGAAUCUCCAACACUCAUUCAUGGACACCUACACACCAUCCAGGUUGAUUUACUAUGUGAGUGGGAGGUUUGUGACGGAUCAGUUGGAUGUUCCUGAUGAAGUUGCUCCAGAUGCACCAUCUGAGAUGUCUUCCGAGCCAACUGGUGGACGUCUGCACUCUUUUAUGGCUCGAAUCCAUAGCAGUAGCCCUCAACAUCCCAGUCAACAUCAGCAUCAUGGAGUUCUGAGGUUAUUUCUGGUCAUCGCCGCUUUUUUCUUGUGCUGGACGCCUUACAUCAGCGUAGCUCUGGUGCAGGCCACCGAAACCGCCCUGUCCCGACCCAGGAGCGUUGUUCCCCCAUCUGCUGUCACUUUCUCCUAUUGGCUGGUGCUGUUUAAUUCAGAUAUCAACCCGUUGCUGUAUGCGCUCCUCAGCAAGCGCUUCCAAGGCGCCUUCCAGAGUUUGAGAUGGAAGAUCCAGGCCAGGUUGGGAAGCGUUGUGGAGAGAGUAGGAGCUGAGAGAUCUACUAGUGGAGGUGAGAGUGACCCCACUAACAGAUCGACCCACAGUUCCACGGCGCACUCCAGAAACGACGGGGAGUCGACGUACUCUUCCGUUUUUGCUCUCAGCUCUCAGUUUGCUCACAGCCUCAGGGAGCAACUGAAUAAUGUUCUUCCGGUUCUUCCUACUUGUUCUCGUCCUGUUUGUCAUGAAUGUUGUGGACGGGGUUCGAGGACGGUGGACCACCUGCAGGUUCCCUCCAAACAGCGUGAGCGGAACAGACUCCCUUAUUCUGCUGCUACUAAAAAGAAACAAGCCACAUUCUUUUAUGGACAGGUCACAGUUCGAGUGGAACAUAUUUGCUGAGUGUAUCGCAUACAGUCCUGCAUAAUGGAAACAAAGCUGAAUGUCAUUUGUAUUUUGUGGGUGGAUGAUUAUUUUAAUGGAAUGUUAUGGGUUCAAUAAAAUGUAAGUUCUAUGAUGCAUUAAAAAGUUU